AUGUCUGUCAACUAUAAUUUCGAUGGAAAGGUAGCCCUGAUUACCGGUUCGAGUUCGGGUAUCGGUGCAGCCAUUGCCGAAUUGUUUGCCAAAUCGGGUGCAUCGGUAGUAAUAACUGGCCAUCGAUCGGACGAUGUGGCCCGUGUGGCCAGCCGGUGUUCACAGGUAUUGCCAGCCAAUCAAUUGUCGGCCGAUCGACUAUUGGAAGUGGUAGCCGAUUUUGCCAGUAUGCGCGACAUUGAACGCCUGGUCGAUCAGACUGUCCGCAAGUUUGGCAAACUGGACAUACUGGUCAACUGUGCCGGUUUGUUUGCACAGACCCGAUUCGAGGACAGGGAUUACUAUAGUAAAUAUCAUAGGGUAAUGAUGAUCAACUUGAAUUCGGCUGUCUAUUUGACCCACCUGUGCGUGGAUGAGUUGGCCAAAACUCGCGGUGCGGUUAUCAACAUAUCUAGUAUACGGUCAUUGGUGUCGUGUAAACAGAAUAUACCGUAUAAUAUAUCAAAGGCCGGUCUCGAUAUGUUUACCAAAUGUUUGGCCGCAGAGUUGGGUCCGAAAGGCAUACGAGUUAAUUCAGUCAAUCCCGGUUGUGUAAUGACCAAUAUAUUGACAAACAAUUUGGGUAUCAGUCGGGAGGAAAGCGAACAAAUAGAUACGGCUACCGGUGCCCAAUAUCCGGUUGGCCGGUGUGGCCAAGGUCUAGAUAUUGCCAAUCUGGUCGGCUAUUUGGCCAGUUCGGAGGCAUCGUUCAUUACCGGCAGUAUUGUCGUAGCCGAUGGCGGACAUCUGGCCGCUAAUGUACCGACCGAUUGAUAGUCUCAAACAAAUAAUUAUU